AUGACAGAAGAGUCUGGUAACCAAGAGAAGCAAUUGAACCUUGAUGAAUUGCUGCACUUCUUCACUGCUUCUUUCUUCUAUUUUGCAGGUACAACGUGUUUAAUAGCUCUACUAUCAGACAAAGACCUAACAGUGGCCAAUGUGGGUGACUCGAGAGGAGUUCUAUGUGACAAAGAUGGGAAUGCCAUUCCCUUGUCUCAUGAUCACAAACCUUACCAACUGAAGGAAAGAAAGAGGAUAAAGAGAGCUGGUGGUUUCAUCAGUUUCAAUGGCUCCUGGAGGGUCCAGGGAAUCCUGGCCAUGUCUCGGUCUCUGGGGGAUUAUCCACUGAAAAAUCUCAACGUGGUCAUCCCCGAUCCAGAUAUCCUGACCUUUGACCUGGACAAACUCCAGCCCGAGUUCAUGAUCUUGGCAUCAGAUGGCCUGUGGGAUGCUUUCAGCAAUGAAGAAGCAGUUCGAUUCAUCAAGGAGCGCUUGGAUGAACCUCACUUUGGGGCCAAGAGCAUAGUUUUACAGUCAUUUUACAGAGGCUGCCCUGACAAUAUUACUGUCAUGGUGGUAAAGUUCAGGAAUAGCAGCAAAACAGAGGAGCAGUGAACCCUUCCUGGGUCUCAGCCACCUUACGCUGCAGGACUCUCAACACACUGGUCUCUUUUAAUGUAGUGAAAAUGUGUGGGAGUCGUCAUUAGGAUCAUUGUCCCAAACACUGACUCCCCCUCCCUGGUGGUCUUAGGUCUAUACUGAGUGGUGAACAGAGACACCCUGGCUGGAAAAUGGUUCCUUCAUAUUUUCCCAACUCUUUUAUCAAUGUCCAAAAUAUUUAAAUAGGUAGUAUAGAUCCACAUGUGUGAGGUGAACGGCAGCUGUGUCAUGUAUUCCCCUUUUAAGAUUCAAGAUCCCCUUCACAGCCCGCCAGCCAUCAACCUUGAUGUCCUCUCUAGACCAGCGGUCAGGGCAGGCCUCCUGUGCUGCAGGAGAAAGGCCACUGCACUGCCAGUGAGUCAGGAUGGCAUGGCAGUGCCCUCUACCUAGGGACAGAGUGGUUCAAAGAUGCUUUGUCCUCCUGAGCUUGCAUUUUCUGCUCUACGGCAGCCUGGAAGCAGAUUUGAAAUGAUUUAUUCUUUGUCUCCUGUUCUUGGAGACUGAGGGAAGUGGAGGGUAUGGGAGAUCAGUGGCAGCCACCUGCAUAGCCAAAAUAACCCCGCCCCUUCACUCCUUUUAUUAGUUAGCUAAACUCCGUGUGCACCUGCCCAGUUCUUUGUGUGUCUCCUCUCAUCGUGCAUGACCUCACCAUUUGCUUACCUCUUCCUGCGUGUAAUAAGCAGCUGUUUACUUUUCCACUAGACACCACAAUUUGUUGUGGGGGGAAUGUGAAAAGCAAAUCACAAUCUAUUCCUUCCAUCUUUAAGGGUGGAUGGGGGAGAGUGAGCCCCUUGCAAAGUUUGUUUGUACUGAGAGAAGCAGUGCGCUGGUCAGACCACCAUGCUGCCAGGUUCUGUGCAGUUUUCCUACCCCAAGCUCAGUAGCUCUCAACUGUCUUUUAAGCAGUGAUUGGAGAAGCAGCUUAGAACCGCAUGCAUCCUUUGACAUCAGGAGCAGAGUUCCCAGCCACCAUGCUUGGGAAUUUGGCAAACUGCUUCUCCUCUCUUCUCAGCUGUGGAAAGGCCUUUCACACUUGGUUGUAAAUCCCCAUCCACACCAGGUCCCUUCCCCAGACAAACACAAUCUGCCCUGGGUAGCCUUAAGGGAAGACUGCACAUGUCCUAGGGGACCUGUGUGCUGUGGCAGCAAAGCUGGCUGAAAAUUCAGUGAAGAACCCAUAAUUAUAAGUGGCCCAUGAUCACUUGAGGGCCUGGCUUGCUGCUCUCUGUUUCCUAUCGCCAAAGUCAUGUUUUUUGGGUUUUGUUUUUUUUUUUUCUAACCUCAGUGUUUUAUGUUGAUUUAUGGAAAAUCUGGAUUUUCCUUUUGCCCGGCUAAAGCAGCUCAAACAGCCAAACAAGAAUUUCCUUGCAUCCCCACCCCAGGGGGCCCACCUGGUUUUGUUCUUUCCUAGUGGACAUUUGUCCACACAGCCUCUGGAAGGCCUAUUCACUGGCCGCCUCCUACGUGGGUGCCAUGCCCCUGUGUCCUGCCCUCUGUCCUCCUUCAGCUGCAGGGCCUCCCCGAAAGAGAGACCUCUGGAGAGUGAAAUUAACUUGUGCUGCUAAGGACUGCCAUCUGUGGUGACUUUUCCAAGAACUUACCUUUCUUUGACUGCCUUGAGAAUUCAUAAUGAUGUCCCAAGAGAUUUGCUUACUUUUGUGUACUGUAUUUCCCAACUUUAGAAUUAGAAUCUUGGUUAUUGCUUUUUAGCCAUAGACUGUUUUCAGUACAAAAUAUCUGCCACCAGUUUAGAUUUAAGCUUUUGCCUGUGUGUAUUGAGGGAGGGUGGGGGAGGGGGAUGUGGGGAAAUCAAUGAGGUUGCUGUCAGGUGUGGGAGGUCAGGCCAGGUGACUGAGUUUGCUGGGAGAUAGGACUCCAGUCAUCACUGCCCACCAUCUCACUGAAGGUCCAGCAUUUACAGUUCACAGUCAACUUUCCUUUGUUAUUUUUGCUCAACACAAAAAUGCAGAGUAACAAGGAAAGGUGUUUUUAAUUUCCACAUUUACUUUUAUUUUCUAAAAUGAAAAUAGUAAUGUUUUGGUAAAGAUGAAAAAGAAAAGCUACCAAACUAUUAAGUGGGUGUUUGUUUACUAAGCAAAAUUUCUUAACAUACAGGGCUUUGUGCAUGGGUUACAUUACUUUCCCAUUGAGCUUUACAAGGCAUCUUCUAAAUUUUGCUUUGUAGCAUUGAUUUAUUUGUGAUUUUAACCAAAUAGAGUGUAUAUCUCAUACUCCUCUGCCUCUUUUCCACCCACUAUGACUUGUAGACUUUUUAAGGUUAGAUGUUCUAAGCAAAAUAGUAACAGUUUGAUGAAUAGUUACGUGUGAAGUCAGAGUAUUCUGUUCCCUUCCCCUGUCCUCCUGGAGCCCUCUCUCCCAGCCCUCGUCCACUUGUCAGGUUUCUGCAGACAGCAUUCCUGGGAUGCCCAGGGUGCACUGGCUGCUACCCUUCUCUAAAGGCUCCAGAAGGUUGAGUCUAGGUAAAAGGGAAAUUGAUGUGAGAAAUUUGCACGUGAAGCUUCCCUAAACAGCACUGCCAAAGCUUUGGAAUUGUCAACCGAGGCUGCCCAGACUCCCUCACUAGCCUGAGUUCAAAUUGCCAACAGUCCCCAUGGUGCCAAAUUUUGGUAUGGUUUUAGUCGUUUAGAAAUGCAGCUGGGAGUGACCACAUGCUUCAAACCCCAGCACAAUGCCAAGGCCAGGUCCUCAUAAAGCACGGCUCUGCUGCUGUUCCACUGGCUAUUUGUACUCUUCAAAUGGGGUGGGGCUUUUUGUUUUUAAACCUACUAUGUUUGCAGUUCUUUCAUCAUAGAAAUAAACUAUACUUAAGUAGAAAACGCCAAAGCUGGUUCCCAAGAUCUGCUUUUUGUUACGUGACCAACUUGCCGAAGGCAAUUAACUUGGAGUGGCUGCGUACCCCAACAUGACACGCAUAUGUUCUCGUUACUGAUCAGUGGCUGCCUUCUGAUGCUUGUUGUGGAUUGAAGGUAUUGGCCUCUUGAACAGCAGUGUUACAGAGAGCAUUACAGUGCAGAAGUAUAUGUAA